AUGACCGGUCAAGAUCAGGAGGCACUUGGUGCAAGCCCACAAGAUGAAGAAUGCAUGAAUAGGUCGAGUGGUCUCCAGAUAGGAAAACUUGCCAUCGGAUCGCUUCUACUGGCUUGCUUUCUAGCAAAUGCGGAUGAAUCCUUUGUCCUCACCACCGGGAGUGAUGUUGCCUCGGCUCUCAAUGCAUCCAGCUCUGCGGCAUGGCUCAUCACGGGGUACAACUUGGGCUAUAUUCUUGCUCUUCCAAUGUACGGGCAAAUAUGUGAUUUGACUGGGCCGAGGAAGGCAAUUCUUCUUGCUUUGACGGUAUACGGAUGUGGCUGCCUCAUGACAGGAGUCUCGCAAAAUAUCUACUGGGCUGUGGCCGGUCGUCUCAUUUCGGGGUUUGGAGGAGCCGGAAUGAAUGAGCUUGUUUCUGUUAUUCUUAACGAAAUCCAUAGCUUUGACCGUGUUGCCAUGUUACGCUCCUAUGUAUCUACCGUAUCAAUUAUUGGAGUUACCUGCGGCGCCCCCCUGGGCGCCUUUCUCACAAGCUGGAUUGGAUGGCAAUGGGCUUUCCUGAUCCAUAUUCCAUUUGCAAUGAUUUGCCUUGCCGUCAUCUCGCUUUCUCUUUCCCCAACAAAGCCCCCGCCAUUCGCCACCUCCAAGUCAUCAUAUGGAUCAAUUCAAAACUGCAAGGCCUCCGAAGACACCCAUCGCAAGUCUUUCGAUAUUUUGGGCCUCAUUUUGCUAUUUAUAUCUAUUAUCUGUUUCCUCGCCUUUGUGCAACUCACCCAGGCAGAGGGUUUAGAAAACAAGUCAAUACUUCUGACUAUUUGUGCCGCAGCGUUCGUUGCAUGCUCUACGGCCUUCUAUCUCAAUGAGUCCCUUUGGGCUCAAGAGCCAAUGAUCCAUUUCUCACUAUUCAGUCCCAAAAAGCUUGGCCUGAUAUAUAGUGCUCAACUGUUACUCGGCAUUGCACAAUUUUCUGUGCGUUCUCCCCUUGCUUUCUUAUCGGUUCAACUUGUCAGUGACUGA